AGCUAGUGUAAAUAAUACUGUCGUUCGAAUGAAAAGUUAAACAUGGGAAAAACAACGAAAGUCGUUGUUUGUGGAAUGAAAGGCGUAGGAAAAACAGCUUUACUGGAACAGCUUGUAUAUGGAAAUGUCAAUUCUAAGACAGAAAUUCAUCCCACGAUCGAGGAUAUUUACGUCGCGAACAUAGAAACUGAUCGCGGUACCAAGGAAAAAGUGCGAUUUUACGAUACAGCAGGACUGGAAUCGCUUCAAAAUAAUGCAAAUAAUCAGCAACUUCCACGCCAUUACCUUGGUUUUGCUGAUGGCUAUGUUUUGGUGUACGAUACUGCCAAGCCCGAGUCUUUGGAUGUACUUUUUCCACUGAAAAAGGACAUUGACAGAAACAAAGACAAGAAAGAAAUAACUGUAAUCGUUGUUGGGAAUCGAACUAAAGCGGAAGAAGAUUCUCACACUUUGGAGAAUACUGCCAGUAAGGCUACGAACUGGUGUACCAGAGAAAAGCUCAAACAUUACGAAGUAAAUGUCAUGGAAAGGAUUACUUUGUUCGAAGCAUUUGUUCAUCUGUCCUCCAGAUUAAAUCCUCCCACUAAUAAAAGCACUUUCCCACAGCUGAGUAUGGGUAGGAAAAAUGUCAAAGUUGAAGCAACUUAAUUUCAUUUAUGUGAAUUGGGCAAGCUAAUGUCAAUCGUUGCAGUGCUUUUCCUGUAGCCAUUGACACGGUUUGAUCUACUUUGUUCGGUACGCUCAAACCGAAAUUACUUUUGUAAGUAAUUAACGUACAGUGAUAUUGCGACACGUACUUAAAGUAUCAACUCGCUUAAGUGCUUAUAAUUAUGCAUAAUGACACAUGCAACUGUAGAUUGGCACAAAUUGGCAAGUUGUUCGUAGUUUUUUUUUUCACUAUAAUUCCGUCCUUUCGUACCUUAUGCAUUUUGUUCCUUAUGAGUACUUAAACUAUUCUUAACAAAGAGAGAUCGAUCAUCUAUCGCUAUCGAUUUAAUUCAUUUUGAUCGCGUGAUGAUAACAAGAAUUACUAUACAAAGCGUACAAGUAAUUUCACCAUUCUAUCGAUUUGGUUAAUUGGCGUAAAUAAAUAUUCGUUUCGAACGCGUAAUCCCAAAAGUUACUGCUAAUUCCGAAGCCUGAAAUGGUAAAUUUUUAUUCGUCAAAAAUCUGCUUAGGGUUUUGAAACUAUAGAGACUAGUUACCUAGAUCGUGAUGCGAGAAAUGGUGAUAAUUGUGGUUUCUUUUCAUGGUGUAUAAAUAAGUCCCAUCAUUCGGUGAUCCAUGGUGUAAAUAAUAAUGAAUUAAAUCGUAACAGAUGUAGCCUACGAAAUUUUUUUAUAUUCAAUAUAUUUACGUUCGUAGUGAAUAUAUUAGGUAUAAGUACGUCGAUAGUAGUACCUGUUGUAGUACCAGCGGCGAUAAAAUAAAUCGUCUUCUCAGAGAA